UAUAUUUUACGGUCACAGUUGGUAGACAUUGGUCGAACAGGUGUGCCUAAGCGUAGCAACCUUAAAACCCCGGGGGCUGCACUUGCCUCUGUGGUGGGCGUGUCCACGAGUAGCCGAUUUACUCGCUCGCUGGCAUUGGCAGCCAUUAACCACCGAGAACACAAACACAUAACGGGAGCAAGAAAAGCUGAACUUCCCACUUACAAAUUAAUCAUUCUAGUUCGUAUUCUCCACCUCGGUGUCGAUCAUGUCUGUUCGUGGAGCCGUCCUGGUGGUCCUGUGCGUAGUCCUCGCCGUGACGCGCGCUCGCCGGAGUUCGGCGGAGCAAGAGGAUGUUGAGGAGAAGAUGAACAGCGCCAGAUGCACCUCCAGGUGUCUCACCUUGCACAUGACCCAGAUUACUGCUGCAUUCAGACACUUGCAGAGUGACCAAGUUCUCGUUUGGUGUGAGAACCACAGACGCUGUGCACAGUGCCUCCAACCAUGCAAAGAGCUUUGGGAAUCCAAGAAGUUGCCUUCUCUCAAGUACUGUGAGAAGCAGACAGAGUGUGUGACCAGCAGCGAGUUUCUAACAUCUCUGAGGUCAUCCAGACAGGGUGACUGCCCUCCACCUCAACGUGCGACGGGUUUUGCAGCUGCCUGUGUGGAAAGCUGCUUGCAAGACCGACAUUGUCCUACUCCCAGGAAGUGUUGCUUCAAUGGAUGUGGACACACAUGUCAAACACCAGCCAAUCUUUACAAAGGCGUACCCCUGAAACCCCGCAGAGAUAUGAGCUUUGUGGAAGAUCCGCUGGGUCGGGUAAAAGUGAUGUGGAUGUCGAAGUUUAAUGUCAGCAUAGAGCCGGUCGUUUACGUGCUCCAGUCACGCUGGAAUACGGGCAUUCACCCCAGUGAAGAUAAUGCGUCCCAAUGGAUCACUGUUGCCCUGACACUUUCUGAGGAGGCACUCCUGUCAGAUCUGAAACCUCAGCGUUGGUAUCAGUUCAGAGUGGCAGCAGUAAACAGUCAAGGCAGCAGGGGCUUCACCACACCAAGCAAGCACCACAUCUCCAGUAAAGACCCGUCAGCUCCAGACCCUCCAAUAAAUAUUCGGGUAAGCAACCAAACUCUGGUUGGGAUGACUUCACAAGCAGGAUCUUGCUUCACAGAAAGGUUAGGGGGGAGUGGAAUCACUGUGACCGUCUUAAUACACUGGAACCCCCCUCAGGAUGGAGACUUGCCAGUCCACAACUACAGAGUCACGUGGAUGUCUCGACAUAGGACACAAAAAACCACACACCUAGCACAUGCAAACAUGCAUGAAUUACAUAAUAACAUGCAAACCCAGUUUACACAGCCACAUGCACACCAGGAGAGUAAAAAAAGGAGCAACAGCAGGGUGACCCAGGGGGUGCAGUGUGAUGUGUGGCUACAGGGUCUUCGUCCUGAUACUUCCUACUUCCUCUCUGUACAAUCAGUGGCCUACUGGGGUCAGAAGAGACUAAAGAGCCCAAGAGCCCACAUUGUCUUUACUACAGUCUCUUGUAAAGAUUCAACCAAAGGAGAAGACUUCACUAAUGAGCUCCCCUCUGCAUCUUCCUCAUGGUCCCCAUCUGCGUCCUUGGCUCAUUCCCUCUCAUCCUCUUCCCCACCCCCUCCUGAUCUCCCCCUUUUGUCAUAUCUUCCUCAACCUGAAUCCCCUCUUGACCCUGUCAUCCCUGGUGACCUUCGCCUCGAGGUUGCUGCCCCCCAUUACCGUAGCGGUCAGCUGCAGGUCAAGGUGUUCUGGAAGUGGUCUAACCAUGCCAGAAAUCGUCACCCUGGUCCAUACAUUGUGCGAUGGCGCCCGCAUACCUGCAGCGCUAAUGUUACAAGCACCGAGGGCACAGCAAAUGUGCAGGGUAUGCAUUACACCGUUGAAGGCCUUCUGUUUGCAUGUAAGUACUGGGUAGCUGUGGCAAUGAAGGGUGAUCCUGAGUCAGAAGCUGUUGCCUGGGUUACGACCCCAACUUGCUCCUCCAUCAGGGUCAAAGGAGGCAAAGCCUUGCCCUGCCGCACCAAAGAGCGCCCCACAGCAGGCAGAAAGCUGAUACUGCGCCCAGAGCGCCUGACGGCAGAUUUUCAACGACUCGAUGGUACGUUGCUGGCUGUGUUUCGCUGGAGGGUAUCUCAACACGCACUGGACCUGGCAGAGGUUUAUGGGUUCCAAUUCACUUGGACUCUGCAGUCAGGUGUAACCUUUGAAGCAAAAAGCCAUGAGGACACGCUUAUCUCUCAGGCGCAGACAAUUGCACCGUCUCAGCGGGCAGUGAUAGUUCAUGGCCUCCAGAGUGACAGUGAUUACCAGGUACAGCUUCAGGUUUUAACAAGCGGAGGAAGCAACGGCACUGCAGUCUUAAAGACUUUUCACACUCCUGCAGUGUGAGGUCCAGGUGCUACUGGGCUCUACUGCACCACUCGUGUGUUCGAUCCUGACAUAUUCCAAACUUUCUUUCGAAAUUCAACUGGUUUUAAUUGAGGUAGUAAAAUGAGGUAGCAUGUGAACAUUUUCCUUCUCAUCUUGAUUGCCUGCCCCUCUGGUUCUCUUAAAAAUCAGAUGAGAAAGCUGAUAUAAGUGUUGGGGUGGUUUCUUUGUGUUUGUUUGUUUUGUAAUCAUAAAUACAGUAUAACAGGCUACAAUACGUUUGACAAGAAAUUUAAACAAUAAAUACAACUCUACAUAUAUGGUGUACUGGACAUCACAUUGCUGGGCUGGAGAUAUAUGCUCAAUAUUCCAUUUUAUAAGGCACUCUAUGUCACUGGAACCAAAUGAAUUACGCAAAGUCGUAUUGGACACCAGUUUGUCUUGUAUUUCGUAGAAAUAAAGACUCCCAAUUGAAAAUGUUCUAGCACUGACCUCAAGUACUUUGUAUGAAUAGAAGCUAUAAAUUGUGUUUAUUGCAGUUUGGCUGCAACAUUGUCAUUCACGUGGUUCAUUUUGCUAGAGUAAAUGCAAAAAGUAUUUCAGAUAUUGUUAUUUUAUUAACAGUUGUAUUCAAAUAUGUAAGAAAACUUGUGCUUUUUAUAUUGUUGGCCUGUUCCAGCAAAGAAUAUUCAUCAUGACUUUUCCACACUGUUUUUGCUGUACUUGUGGAAGAAACAGAACUUAUGUUGAGAUUCCCUUUAUGUUGCCUGUUUUAUAUGCUUUUAUUGUAAUUCUAUUUUAAUUACGUUGAUUUGUGCACAAUGUCUUCUACUUUUUCAGCUGACAGUUGUAUUUAUUGUUUGUUUUUGUAAUUAAAUAGAAAGUAACGAUG